AUGAUGUCCGUCCAGGGCUCGUGGGCGCUGGCAUGGGCUCUUAUGCUCACGUCCUGUGCGGCCACCCCGAACAAGUACGACAUCGCAAUCGCGGAUCGUUGUCCGGACGUAGUCAGCACUGAGCCGUCAAGAGCAGCAUUGGACAGUGCUGCCGGGGGAGAUAAUUGGUUCUUGACUGAAGUCUUGUACAAGGCGGAUGAUUCGGAGGACAUCUGGACGAAAACGAUUGAGUAUAUGCAGGGCGAUGGCGCCACAGAUGUCGCGCCGAAGGCGGUCGGUCUGGUCUUGUUCAUUCUCUUGCUAUUGACCUGGUGGUGCUGCUGCUACACCUGCUGCCCGUGCUGCAAGUGCUGCCGGGUGUGCAGGGCGAAAGAGCAGAAGAAGUCGACGGAUAUCGUUUGCAAGCUGAUCGGCACCAUCUUGAUUCUUGGCAUCGGAGCUGGCCUGGUUGUAUGUUGGAUCUUUUCUGUCGCCACGUAUGAAGACAUCAGUAAUGGCAGCCAGCGUCUCGGAUGCACCGCCGCGAAGAUGUCGAAGGCCCUCGUCGAAGGUCAAACGUCGCCUAAUUUCAUUGGUAUGACCCCGCUGACCAAUAGAUUCACCAGUCUGAGCGACAUCCUCGACGAUGGCAGCGAUUUCGUGACCGAUUUCAAUCAACUCAUCGAUAAUACGGUGGAGAUCGACCAGGCCUUUUCGUUUGCGACAGAGACGUUGGAGCUGCUGAAGGACAUGAUGAGCGAAAGCGCAAAUCGCAUGCCAAAGGGGCAUACGUGUCUACUUUGCGAUACUCUCAGCGGCGAGCUGACCGAUGUGCUUGACACCAUGGCAGACUCCUUGGCCUCGGCGCUCACCAACGCGCGCGCGGAAGCGAAGGCGGCGCUGGACGCCGAUAAGCGCGAGGAUUUGCGGAGGCUGCUCGAUGACUCCGUUGAGCCGCUCUCCGAAGUCAACGAGCUGCUUCUGGACGCCUUGGACCCGCUGGUUGACGGGGAGAACUGGGACAUGGUGGAGUCGAGCGUGACGGAAGGCAGGCUAAGCAUGUACAUCCUCCCCGCGUAUGGGCUGCUCGCCGUGAUCUGUGGCGGUCUGGGGUGCCUCGCCUUCUCGCUGCGGGAGAGCGGCGCGGACGGGCAGACGCAGGCGCUGCCGCACAGGUGCGCCUGCUGCAGCUGGUGCUGCGGCUUCUUCGUGGCCGCGCUGUGCUUCCUGGCCGGCGGGUUCCUGCAGACCCUCGGCGUGCCCCUGGGCGUCACGUGCCUGACCCUCGACGGCUUCAACGGGGACGUCAUCGAUGGCUCCUCGGACGCGCUGGAGCUCGAUCUCACCGGGGACUCCCUCACCAUGGUGAAGAACAUCGUGGACCAGUGCCUGAACCCGUCAGACGUCUCUGUGUCGGCAAACUUCGCGGACGUCCUCCUGACCACCUCGGCAGGCUCCACCCAGACGAUGAGGCAGUUGAUCGAGGCCGAUCUGAAGGAAGCGAUCGACGCGCCAUUUGCCGAGCUUCAAACCAAGUUGUCGAGCGCGAAUACGGCGCUGGCCAACAAUACGGGAGUGACGGGCCUGCGGGAGCUUCUGAGCGUGUACGGGGCAUCCAUUUCAGAAUUCAUCGUGACAGAUGGUGACUCGAUGAAUGCCCUUAUUGCGGCUGACGGGAUAACUGGGGAGGACGUUACGAUGAUCACCUCGUUGGCCUGCUCAAACUCAACAACCUUCGAUGAUGUGCCUAUCUUGGGCAUGGACGCGUACUUCUCAGGCCCUUCGGCCCUUACAGAGUCAGACUAUGACUUGACCGUGACCAUGCCUUGCAGUUCAUCAGCAUUGCCCCCUUGCUUCUCUGAAGCCAAUUGCAAAGCGUCAUCUUUCGUCAUUCAGACGAAGGAGGACCUCAGAAACGACGUCGAGUUCAGGUGCGACGUGUUCCAAGACGCCUCUGGCACUGAGUGCCCAGUCUGGACCCAGCGCGUAGAUGGGGUAGCAGCUGAUUAUGUAACGUGCAUGGGUUCCGAUAAUACUUAUUCGAGGCUCCCAAAAAAUUGCACUUUAACUCAGUUCGAGACGUACCUUGCGGAAUUUAACGAGAGAAUUAAAGUUGCCUUCACAACCCUCGACGACACCACGGCCACCAUGACAGCCGAGAUCGACGUGGGGCUGCGUGAGCUGAUCGACGACAAUGUUGUCAGCGAGGUCACAGAGAUUCUGGAUGGUAUGGGGUGUAACUUCUUGGGGGAGUUCUACCAGAGCAUCAUUUGGGGCGCGUGCUACGAGGGAGUGGGUGGCAUGGCUUAUCUCGGCUUCCUGUACGUGAUUGUGGGUGCCUUGAUGUGCGUGCUGAUAAUCGUCACGUACGCCAUGUGGCGACGCUCGGUCGACAACUACAAUUGGGACAUGGAGCACCCAGGCGAUGGUGGUUAUCCUGCUUCGUCUGACGAUGGAGGUGGCGGCGAUCGCGACGAGUCCAUCUGA